AUCGCACGCAUUUUUUGGGGGAUAGUUGUGCAAAUAUUGCGAGUUCUACUGAUUUAUGUGCGAAUAAUUACUCUGUGCAAGCUUUUAGGAAUUAAAAAGUCAAAUUGCAAAAACAAACGUCACGCCGCUUUUUCUGUGUCACGUCUCCUUCUGCAGAAUGGUUCGGUCUCGCCACACAGAUUUCAUUCAUAAAAUUCGGGCUCACUAUAAAAGGCGGGCCUCUCCACUAUAUCUGCACAGUUACCAUUUAUGAAAGCUGGCAAAUGGAGUAUAAGUAGGCGUUCAGGGAAGGGGUGGUCUGCUGUUUACGUAGAACAUAUAGAUAGACGUGGACGGUUCGGGUGUUUUUUUUUUUUCUUCCUUUACCUUUUUAUGCAUUGAUCCCAGAAGAGAGACAUAUACAAAAACAUGCAUCCAGACUCCAGCUCUAAACUCGAUCAAUCCUCCAGCUGUAGUCCGGCAGCGCCUGGCGGGGACACCCCUGGGUGCAGCUUGCGUCCUCCUUCUGACUCGCUUUCAUCAUCAGUGGACACGGCCAAGGAUGGUGACACCUCUGCACCAGCCGCCUUUGUUCCGUGUGUGACCGCAAUCUCAACGUCGCCGAAGUGGACGGUGCAACCGGCUACCAUCACAUCUGGCUGUGCAAAAAACAAAACCGAUGGCGCAAACCAGUCGUCUUCCCCAACAGGUGCAAAGAGGGCAAAAACGUGCAACAAAAAAGCGCAAAAGGAGAAGCCCUCUAAAGAAGACGAGGAGAGGAGGAGGAUUAGGAGGGAAAGGAACAAGAUUGCUGCAGCAAAGUGUCGCAACAGACGGAGGGAGCUGAUAGACACCCUUCAAGCUGAGACUGAUUUGCUGGAAGAGGAGAAGUCCACCCUCCAAACUGAGAUAGCUGACCUGCUGAAGGAGAAAGAGAAGCUGGAGCACAUUUUAGCUUCCCACCAGUCCUCCUGCACACUGCCAGCUCAAGAUGACAGCGACAGAGAGGAGGAGGAGGAGGAGGAGGAGGAUGUUGACUCAGUGUUGCAGGAUCCUCCGGCCUCCCCUCAGCUGCUCUCUAUCCUGGAGAAUGUAAAACCCCCUGAGAGCAAAGCAGCUGUCGGAGAAGUCCUCGCUGGCCAGGACGCAGACAGCCUGUCUUGUGUCCCGGCUGCUGCAGCCAUCUUGGGGAACUCCAACAUCCUCCUUUGCUCCAGUGCAGAAGAGGAGGCCUUGGAGGACCUUAAGGGAGAUGACCUGGAUGAUUUGGUGCCCAGUCUGGAGAUGGCUGCGUCCGUCCCUGACAUAGACCUGAGCGGGCCCUUCUGCCUCCCCGACUGGGAAACUCUGUACAAGUCUGUGGCAAGCGACCUCGAGUCUUUGACCCCGCCGGUCAUUUCUUCCAGUCCCACCUGUAGCAGCUACCUCACCGUGUUUUCCUUCAGUUGUUCUGAGAUUGAAUCCAUGGCUGACGGCUGCGAGGGCCUCAAAAGCAGCCUCGGCGGGUCGGAGUUGAUAAAAGAUAGUCUUAACUCCCCAACACUCUUAGCCUUGUGAAUGCAAAUAAUUUAUGCAACAAUAUACAGUAUUUGUAUUCUAACCAGCUAGCAAGCUAUCUCUCUCAAAUAACCUUUUGUAGUGUGAGCUAUGAUGUAUAAACCUGAAGAUUUAAGGUUGUGCAUACAGACAAUGUGUUUUCUGUGACUGUAACAGGGUUGAAUUCUUCCAUUUAUUUUCAACUGUCUGAGUUUACAUUUGUGCUGGAAUCCAAAUGCAUGCAAAAAAUCCUGAAAAAUCAUCUGUAUUCCAAUGAAAAGAUGGUAAAUUGUGUUUCUAAAAAAAACCUAACUGUGAUAUGAAGUUAAUUCACGUUCGAUAUAGCUUAAUAUAUGUGAAAACAGUGCUAUUGUGACAAGUGAAAAUAGAGAGAUGCUAAAAUGUAGCAGCGUGUUGGUGUAACAUCUUGCUGUGAGGUGUCCCCUGACCUGACUUGACAUUUAUCACCUGAAGCUUUUUCAUGACCAAAAAACAAAAAAGAAAACAUAGUCAUAUCAUGUAUUUUCUCAAGAUGUACUGUAUUUUAUGGCAUAGUUUAUUUUUUUACUCAUCAAAUAUGAUGCUGAUGCAAAAAAACAAAACAACAAAAAAAACAACAACAAUAAACUGAAUAUUGAUGAAAAAUAAAACACAACCUUCACAAUUGAUUGUAUUCUCUUGUUGUGAAAUGUAGAUUUAUUCUUGUUUUAUAUUCAGGAUGUUAUUGUUUCUCAAAAGAUAAAAGAUAGAAACAGUGCUAUGAAAAAGUAU